GCCUAAUCCUCAGCCGAAGCCAACUGAACCCAAACAUCAAAUGGCAGCAAGCGUAGCUACAAUGGCCAUGCUCAAUGCAAAAUGCCUGAGCAUUAGCUCAAGCAAGAUGAUCAACCCAACAAAGCCAACCGCAAAACCCAUCUCCCUUCUCUCCAUGCACAACCUCCCCAAAGGCCUCACCAUCUCUAAACCAUCUGACAACUCAAACCUCGCUUCUUCACUAGCCGGCACUGCCAUUGCUGGAGCUAUUUUUUCAACCUUGAGCUCAUGCGAUCCUGCCUAUGCUGCACAACAGAUUGCUGAAAUAGCCGAAGGAGAUAACCGUGGGCUAGCUCUAUUGCUUCCCAUAAUCCCAGCCAUCGCUUGGGUGCUUUUUAACAUCCUCCGGCCAGCACUUAAUCAGCUGGACCGGAUGAGAAGCACCAAGGGGGUGAUCAUUGGACUAGGACUUGGAGGAUUGGCCGCAUCAGGAUUCAUGUCAACUCCAGAAGCAUCAGCAAGUGAAAUUGCCAUGAUUGCUGAUGCUGCAUCUAGUGACAACAGGGUACCCUUCUUCUUUUCGUUGUAGCUCCAGCUCUUCUUUGGGUGGCCUACAACAUUCUGCAACCGGCUUUGAACCAGCUCAACAGGAUGAGGUCUCAGUGAGAUAUGGAUUUUGUUGUGUGUGAUGGCA